AUGAAAGUUUUGGCAAUUAAUUUGUCUCUAAUUAUAAGUUUGAGUAAUUUAUUGCAAAUUGAAAGCCUAUCUCAUGCGGGGUCUGAAUGUGGGGCACAAUUAGUGGAGUCGAUUCCAAUCGGUUUGACAUACAAUUCAACUAUUAUAUCGAAACCGACUUUCGAUGGACUCAUAGGUCUGGUCUCGAGUGCCAACUCGUCGAUAGAGAUCGCGUCCUUGUACUGGACAUUACAGGGAAGUGAUGUUAUGCCACAUCCGGACAAUUCAAGUCUCGAGGGAACCAAACUGUUGAACGCGUUAAUCGACUCAUCAAAGUCUCGAUCCGUCAAAAUACGAAUCGCUGUGAAUGAGGGAAACUUAAGCGACAACAGCACUGAUUUGGCACUUCUUAAAGGGUUGGCACAAAUACGUGAAGUCAACUUCAAUAGACUGCUGGGCGCCGGAGUUUUGCACACAAAGUUUUUUAUCAUCGAUAAUAAGCACCUGUAUAUCGGGUCCGCGAAUAUGGACUGGAGGUCAUUGACUCAGGUCAAGGAAUUGGGAAUUGUUUUGAACGACUGCCAGACGUUGGCCAACGAUUUGUCCAAAAUAUUUGAAGUUUACUGGUAUUUAGGAGUAGAAAACUCUACGAUUCCUAAACAAUGGCCACAAGAAUUGGCCACAGAUUUUAAUGCAACGAAUCCGCUAUCGAUUUCUAUGAAUCAAACAGAUUAUAGUGUAUAUCUGUCUUCUUCUCCGAAACCGUUUUGCCCUUUCGGUCGAACCAAUGAUAUCGACGCCAUUCUAUCCAUUAUAGAAAAUGCCGAUAAAUUUAUCGAUAUAGCAGUCAUGGAUUACUUCCCAAUAUUUCUGUACCAGAAAAACACCCAUUUCUGGCCACUUAUAGACAACGCCCUCAAGAGUGCGGUUAUUGAUCGAAAAGUCAGCGUAAGAUUAUUAGCGAGUCAUUGGAAUCACACGAGAGAAUCAAUGCCUAUAUUCUUGCAUUCUUUGGCCGCUUUUAAUGAUAAGAAACUUUUCGGAGCGACGAUUGAGGUCAAGCUGUUUGUUGUGCCCGCUUUCACACCAUUUCAGGCCUCAAUACCCUUCGCUAGAGUUAAUCACAACAAAUAUAUGGUCACCGAUAAGACCGCAUACAUCGGAACGUCCAACUGGUCGGCCGACUAUUUCGUAAACACUGGUGGAGUGGGGUUUGCCAUCACUUCCAAGAAUAACACAUCCGCUGAACACAAUUUAAGAGAUGAUUUGCAAUCUAUAUUCCAAAGGGACUGGGAUUCCAGUUAUGCUAAAUAUAUUUAA